UAAUUAUGUGGAAGCACGUCUUUAAUCUUGCAUCAGACAUUUUCUCUACUCAUAUAGCCUUGUAAAUCGUUAUGUGUUAUAGUGUAUAUCAAUUGCAUAUAGGAAAUGAUGACCACGAAAGGUAAGACUACGCAGAAUGGAUGUGUUCAGUAUAAUGGAACAUUUAAUAACAACGAAGAACAAAAUGGAGUUAAAAAGUAUGAAAAACACAGGGUUUCUUUUUCUAAUUAUACAAAAUCUACAUCGAUAUCGUCUGAUUCCAUGCCUGAAGUUAGUUCUUUACAAAGACCGUCCCUUAUAGAAAUGUAUACAUCAAAACGUUGGGGAAUUACUUUUUUGGCUCUAACAGUGAUUACUUUGUCCUUGACCUUGAGGAUGGGAAUGAGUAUGGCAAUCGUGUGCAUGGUGAAGCCAAAGAAUAACAACGACACUUUAUCUUUUAACCAAUCACAGAGCUUGUUAAUUUCGAAUCAUAACGAGGAAUGGCUUGUUGACUGGGACAGUGAUACACAAGGCCAAGUUCUUUCAUCAUAUUACUAUGGGUUCCCUUUCUUCUGUGUUCUUGGUGGGUAUGCUGCGGGUAAAUACAGCGGGAAAAUAAUCAUGGUAAUCAUGAUGACAACUUUAGCUGUUGCGUCCAUGGGAAUCCCUUAUGCAGCUAUUACAAGUCCAUAUAUGGUCAUGGUGCUGCGGAUCAUUGUCGGUCUGGCAUCGGGUGGUAUAAUGCCUUGCAUCAUGCAGAUUUUAUCUAAGUGGACACCGCUUUUUGAAAAAUCACAAAUAAUCGCCACAGCUAUGGCAGGACAAAUCAUGGGGAAUGUUGUGACAUUUAUCUUCUCUGGCCUGAUGUGUUCUAUACCAUAUCAAAAUGGUUGGCCUUUUAUAUUUUACAUAUUUGGUGCUCUGAACCUCAUGAUAAUGGUAGUCUGGGUUAAAGUUGUUUAUGAUCAUCCUGAAGAUCAUCCAAAUAUGACAAAAGCUGAGGUGGACUACAUCACAAGAGGGCGACGUGACAGUGCAAAUGUCAAGAUGCCAGAUCCCCCAUGGCUGAAAAUUAUUACCUCACCGGCUUUCUGGGCUAUACUGUCUGCACAUAUAUCAUUUGGAUAUAUCUUCACAACACUUGGAACUUUUCUGCCGUUAUAUAUGAAUGACAUAAUGAAAUUUGACACAACCAUGAAUGGAGUUGUAUCAUCUGUGCCGUUUAUUGGUCGGUUGUUAGGGACAAUGGUCAGUGGAUAUUUUGCAGAUAAAUUUUAUGUGACAGGAUUAAUAUCGACACGGAGUAUAAGAAUUCUGUUUCAAAGUAUAGGUAUGUUUUUGUCUGCUCCAUUCCUUAUUGGACUAAGCUUCUUAGAUCAUACUCAGAGAGAGCUAGCAGUUGUUUUAUUAAUACUCUAUUGGUUUGUACAGGGUGCGUCGAGUUCUGGAUUCAGGGCAAAUCAUCUUGAUAUUGCUCCAAGAUAUGCAGGAGUACUCAAUGGUAUGACUAUAACAUGUGCAUCACUAGCGUCCCUUGUAUCUCCAUUGCUAACUACUGCUAUUGUCAAAAAUGGAACACAAGAAGAAUGGCAGAUUGUUUUCAUAAUAUGUGCCGGAGUUGGUAUUGUAGGCACUGUUUUGUUUGAUUGUUUUGCACAAGGCGAGGAGCAGUCAUGGGCACAGGAUCAGGAAAUCAAAAUAAAAACACCGCAUUCUUCUCGAAACGCAUCCCAAGCUAGUCUCAAUAAUGAGGAAUACAAGAUGGAGGAUGAAAUAAUGCAAAUGUCUUUACAAGAAAAUGCAAAAAAUACAGAUAAAGCUAGAUGUGCUUCUCUAGAAUUUGAAGAAAAAUUGAAGGACGAACCCAAGGUUGGUAUUGAUAACCGAACUUUUACACCUGAAGACAAUGAAACCAAAACUAAUAUUUCAAGCCAUGCAAAUGAUCAAGAAUCAAACUUUGCAGUUAUAAAUAACGAUCCAACAAUGAAGGACGAGAUACCUUUGGAUACUCACGGUAUAAUUUCCAAAGAAAACAAAUUUGAUGAAAUUGAAAUACAAAUUGAUGAUAAUUCAGCAGAUGAAGUUAUAAAUCAAAACACAUUCCAUCACGAAUCUUCAAUCCAUAUGUCUGAUAGUAAUGGAGCUUUGGUAAAUAGAAAACGUUUGAAAUUGUACAUUCCAAAUAGAAAGGACGAAAGUACCCGGUUAUAG